GGUUGGCUGCUCACACAUCCGUCACGGAGCCUGAGGAAACACGGCGGUGACGCGCCGGUCCCCUCCUCCUGCCCGCGGACACCCGCUGCGCGCGGAGCGCCCGGGAUGGAGAGGAUGGAGCUGCCGGGGACGCGGCGGUGGAGCAGCGCUCCUUUUCUGUGAGCUUAAAAAGGCGUCUGUGGUGGAGCCAGGCGGCAGGCAGGGAUCCCCAGGACGCCAUGGCCAGAGGUGAGUGUUCUGGGACACGGUGGAGGUGGGAGCUCUCCUAGCAAUCCAGUGUCUUCUCCUGAAACCCCCAGGCGUGCUUCCUUCCCAUUCCUCUGCAGAAAGCUCUAGAGAAAGCACAGCACCAUGUACACCUUCCUGCCAGAGAGCUUCACACCAGUGAAGCAGAAGCCCUCCAAGGAGCUGAGGCCCAUGCUGGGCGCCAUCUUGCUGGGCCUCAUCCUGUUCAUUGCUGCCGUGGUGGCCUGGUGCUACUACACGGUGUCCCUGAGGAAGGCGGAGCGGCUCAAGACGGAGCUGAUGGACCUGCGGGCGGACGGCUUCGUCAUCCGCAACCAGCACGGGGAGGUGGUGUUCCGGCUGGCCUUCCGCUCGGGCACGGACCUGGAGUCGUGCUCCAAGGAGGGCGAGAUCCUGAGCUGCUCGCGCUCCAGCCGGGGGCCGCUCAACUUCUUCAUCCAGACGGUGAAGCCCAAGGACACGGUGAUGUGCUACCGCGUGCGCUGGGAGGAGCUGGCGGCCGGCCCGGCCGUGGAGCACACCAUGUUCUGGGAGGACGCCCACUGGUACGGGGGCUCGGAGAUGAGCACCCAGCACUGGCCCAUCCGCCUGGCCGGCUACCAGGAGCCCGUGCCCUACGUGACCAGCGACGUCUACUCCUUCCGCGACAGCUUUGGCGGCAUCCUCGAGCGCUACUGGCUCUCCUCCAAGGCGGCGGCCAUCAAGAUCAACGACUCCGUGCCCUUCCACCUGGGCUUCAACGCCACCGAGCGCACCCUCUUCUUCCAGGCGCGCUACAAGGACUCGCCCUACAAGCCCCCCCCGGGCCAGCAGCCCUUCCCUGAGCUCAGCUACCGCGUCUGCGUGGGCUCCGACGUCACCUCCAUCCACAAGUACAUGGUGCGCAGGUACUUCAACAAGCCCUCCAAGAUCCCUGCUGAGAACGCCUUCCGGUACCCCAUAUGGUCCACGUGGGCCCUCUACAAGAAUGAUAUUGACCAGGAUAAACUCUUGCGGUUUGCUGAAAAGAUCAAGAAAUACCAUUUUAACUGCAGUCACAUUGAGAUUGAUGACAUGUACACCCAAGCCUACGGGGACUUUGACUUUGACCCUGUCAAGUUCCCCAAUGUAACAGAGAUGUUUGCAAAGCUGAGGGAAGAUGGAUUUAAGGUCACUCUGUGGAUUCACCCUUUCGUAAACUACAAUUCCUCUAAUUUUGGUGUAGGGAUUGAGCGUCAGCUGUUCAUCAAGGAGCCAUCGGGGCGGCUGCCAGCCAUGGUGGAGUGGUGGAAUGGCAUCGGGGCCAUCCUGGACUUCACCAACCCAGCAGCCCGCGACUGGUUCCAGAGCCACCUGCGCCAGCUCCAGCACAAGUACGGCAUCUCGUCCUUCAAGUUUGACGCGGGCGAGACCAGCUACCUGCCCAAGCAGUUCAGCACCUUCCGCCCACUGUCGGACCCCAGCAUCUGGUCCCGGCGCUACACGGAGAUGGCCAUCCCCUUCUACGAGCUGGCCGAGGUGCGGGUGGGCUACCAGUCACAGAACAUCUCCUGCUUCUUCCGCAUCAUUGACCGCGACUCCGUCUGGGGCUACGAGCUCGGCCUCAAGUCCCUCAUCCCCACUGUCCUCACCAUCAGCAUGCUGGGGUACCCCUUCAUAUCUGCUGACAUGAUAGGGGGCAAUUUUUUCCCCAAUAAAACCAAUGGAGCGGUGGAGAUCCCUGACCGGGAGCUGUACGUGCGCUGGCUGGAGCUGUCUGCCUUCAUGCCCUCCAUGCAGUUCUCCAUCCCGCCCUGGCUCUACGACAAGGAGGUGGUGGAGAUUGCGCAGAAGUUCAUGGAGCUCCACGAGUCGCUGGUGGCCCCGCUGCUGCUGGAGCUGGCCGGGGAGGUCACCGACACGGGCGACCCCAUCAUCCGUCCCAUCUGGUGGAUCUCGCCCCGCGACGAGGCCACUCACCGGAUCGACUCCCAGUUCCUCAUUGGGGACACCCUCAUGGUGGCUCCUGUGCUGGAGAUGGGCAAGCAGGAGCGGGAUGUCUACCUGCCAGCGGGCAAGUGGCGCAGCUACAAGGGGGAGCUGUUUGAGAAGACCCCAGUGCUGCUCACCGACUAUCCCGUUGACUUGGACGAAGUUGCCUAUUUCCUCUGGGUUUCCUAACAGGCUUCUUCAUCAGCUUUGGAAUAACCAUGCCUUACCUAGGACUUUCUAACAAAUAAUAACUCUAAUUGCACAUUUCAUUUGAGACUGGGGUGGAGGAAGGGAAAUAAAUAGACUUCGCUGUUCUUGGGGAUAAUUUUUUUUUUUCUUAGGGGAUUGAUCUUGAUUUUUUAAAAUUUGGGUCUGGUGGUAGGCUCUGAUUGAAUUACAGUAGGCAGCAAUUUAU